CCCUCUACCGUACGUACGCCUCUCUCUCUCUCUCUCUAGUCUCUCACCGUCCUUCCUUUUGGUCCUCCUCAGCUGCAGCAGCUGCGUGCGACCUUCAAUCCACACCCCUGCUAGGAUAGGCCUACAGUAAUUUUUUUAAAAAGCCCAAGAUUUUGAAAAGUAGCAUAACAGUGUUGUCAUGGCAACCAAUGAUGGAGAUAUUCUGCGGAAGCUGCUGGCUGAGGUAGCCAAUGAAUAUUACGGAGAACGCUUGAAGUCCCUCCACUUCUUACUUUCGGACAUACUCACACGAUCUACUUACGAUGCAGCUUUGCCAAUUUUUGACGAACUAAUAAGUCUGGGUCGAGUGACUUCCACAAACCUCACUCUACUGUUCGACAUAAUCCAUAUCACAGGGCUCAUUUUUCUACAGAACACAGUCCAAAAAUAUUAUACAACUUCUCCUGACUUGAAGACUUGGCGUCCAACUGGCGCGUUUUCAUCCUACCGUGUCAUGCUGUAUAAGGUUUCACUUUGCCUUACAGACAGAGAUAUCAGCAGCAUUCAUUUCUGUUACAGUGUCAAACAAAAUGUAAAUGACAUAUGGAGUGCUUUUUUGUAUUUGGAGAAAGAGUGCAAACUAGAAAACAAUGAUGCAUCAUUGAUGAAACUAAAAGGAUACAUCAACCCAAGGGCAGGAAAACUGAUAGAUAAUUAUUGUGCAAGGCCCAUUCAAGAGCGACAAAAUCCAGUUGCAAGGCCCAUUCAAGAGGGACAGAAUCCAGGGCAAAUUAUAACUCAACCAAGUGGUGGCGAAGGUCCAAGACCCAUUCAAGAAAGGCAAGGUCAAGAACCAAGAAGACUUGUACAUGCUGGUACUGAUGCUCGCGCCACUGGUGAUAAGAGAAGAAUUGAUGUACCAGAUUGCACUAUAAAACCAGACUUGAAUUCCAUUGAACUACUGGAGGUAGCCAAAGAGUUGGGCAGUGAUUGGGAAACCCUAGCAAUAUAUCUGAAAUUUACCAAAGCACGUGUUUCCUACUUCAAAAGUGACAGCCAUGGUAAUAUUCAAAAUGCAAUCUUCAGCAUGUUGGAUGCCUGGCAUAAGAUGGUGUCGGGAGAGGAGAAAUCUAGACGAGCUCAACUGUGCGAAGCCCUUAAAAAAACUGAACGGAUGGACUUAGUAGAACAGGUUGCAAAUGGAACUCUCGGACAUCACUGAAUAUAUAUUUACCUGUUCUCGCAUUGAGCAUUCAUGUCUGGUUUCAGCCAACCAUGCAGAUAAUAUAUACAGAAAUGCCACUGAAAAAUUAGGCAAAGUCGACUUAAGCAAGUUAGGCAACUGUAUUUGAAUAUUAUUUACUUUGAUUUUGUAGCUGCGACCUAUAGGCUUAUCUAGCUUAACAAUUGCUCCACUAUUAGAUUACUACUUUUUUUCAUACAACUGAAAAAGGAAAUAAAUCGAAACAAACUGCCAACUUACUUCCAAAACAAAACAAAAAAAUGAAAUAUAUAUAUAAAAAUAAAUAUAAAAAUCUAGUAUUGCAAUUGACGGUAUGAUAAAUCUUUUCACCUCGCUUGUCUCAACGAAAAGCGAGGUCGUGAAGAUGUUUUAUGUUUUUAAAGUACAAAUUAUUAGAUACAUAGUUAAGAUUAUUAGGCAGGCUGUUUUGAGAAAUAUUGUAUUGUUCUAUUGUUUCAUUCAAAAUUGUUAACCAUAUAAUUUGUCAUCAGUAGCAUGUCUACAAGUCUUGAGGUGGGGGGGGGACGCCCUAUUAGAUUUCGAAUCGAGUUCGAAACUUGAACAUGUGUUCUAUAGACACGCAGCACACGUUCGAGGAGGGACACUAAUUCUGCUAAAUAAGGUGGUUUUAAGUGAUUUUUAACUAUUUGACUGAUUAUUUUUUGAGGGGGGGGGGACCCUGCGCACCCCUAGAUACGCCACUGUUUGGCAUAGCUUUAUGAUAUAAGUUGUACAAAUUUCACUCUAUUAGUCUACUUUUUUUUCUAUUGUCAGGGUCAAUUUUACUUUCACAAUGAAAAUAUAAAAUUUUAUACCCUCAUGCUUUUACAGCGGAUGAAGUUUUGUGAAACAGAUAAAACUUGUUUUUCAAUAAUUUGAAAUUUAUUCUAAAGAUCAUUAUCAAGCAAGCAUCCAAGAUUUCUUUAUUGUGUAACAUACCUUUAUAUUGCUUCAAAUCAAUUGUUUGAAAAAGUUCCCCUUGCGGGAAAUGACAGCGAAAGCCGACAGGUUCAAUAAAUAUCAAUGGCCAAUAGUAGGGAAUUGCAAGAGGUCCGACUGCUCUGAUUUUGUGUAUGCACGUAAUGAAGUGUUGAAAAUGUUGAAAUGUGAAAUGUUACCAUGAGAUAGGAGGCGCCCUAUUAGAUUUCGAAUCGAGUUCGAAACUCGAACAUGUGUUCUAUAGACACGCAGCACACGUUCGAUACGAACGCCUUUUAUGUUCUUUUGAAAGGUGCCCUCUAGUUCGUGUUAGGACUAUUUGAGAUAGGACUGCGAUAGGACCUACAAUAAAACAAAAAUUGAAAUAUUAGUAGAGUUGGGAAGGGAUCAGACGAUAUGAAGUGACAUAGAAGUGUUGCCAAGCUAGCUUACACCAGGUGUAACCCAAGUGUAACCCAGCUGUAAUCAUUGAAUACACCUGUAUUAAUUGUUAAAAUCUACAAUGAAUAAUACUCGUCGUCACUUUGUAAUGAAAUUACACAUUCCAUGAUAUAUCUACUACUCUCUUCAAUUUAAUAUUUUUUAAACAUUUACAGUAUUGUACUGGUAUUUAAUGCUUCGUCAAUAACAUUACAACGAAGUUCAGAUUAAUGUUGCUUGAUCACUUGACCCUGAGGUGAAUAAAACUUAAAAGGAUUAUAUUGUA